GUUUCAGUCUAUCGCACCCAUCGACCAUAUCAUCUAUCUUGGACUAUCAUCUGUCACUAGGUCACUUAUACGUGAUAAGUCCCUGGCAUCGUUUCCCAGCUCCUAAUUCUUAUUCAUUGCUGGGUUUCUAUCCAGCCGGUGUCGCCUGUCAUCCAUUUGACUUUCACUCCCUUACCUUUCUGAAGUGCCCCGUGCUCACGGUGUUUGCUCGUGGGGUACUAAUCGGUCGACUUGACACGUUGAUUUAUCCCUCCGCAAGGCAUGAGUGGCAGUUCAAACCAGUCAACCCGCACGAGUCCCGGCUCUUUCAGCACCACUCAGCGCACCCCUUCUGUGUCCUCGGGCGCAUCGCCGACUCACCAGUCGCUCUCAGCUUCUCAGCCGCCGUCGACGGCCCAGAAUGUGAUGUCGACCGACGUGUACAAUCCGCCCUCGUCGCAGGCCUCUUCGUCGCUAGCUCCUACAUUCACUCACCCCUUCUCCCCGAUCGGGCCCUCAUCCUCCUUUGACACCGUCGCUGCAACCACCAUGCGCUUCGCUGAUUCGGCGCAGACGCUGAAUGGCUUCUCCCGUCCGGCCAAUGGAUCUGGUGGUGGGGUCAUCUUGAUGCGAAAGCUGCCGCGCAACACCAGUCGCGAAGCUUUGCGCAGCAUGCUGCUAUUCGCGAAAGAUCUCGUGGAAGCUGAUUUCAUACCUUCGGAUUACCCGGAAGAUAAUGGAUACCUGUGUGCGUUCGCGCGCUUUGGCACGCUGGCCGCUGCCGAAGAGGCGCGUGCUCUGCUCCAUGGAAAACCGAACUCCAAAAAUGACGCUACUAUGAUUGUGGAGGUGCUUACUGGUUCGGUUGGAUCGUCUUUGGCACCCAGACGGAACACUAUCGAUCACACUGCAACCCGUAGCCUGCUGGGAGGUGUGAAUGGGGGUUUGUCGCGGCAAUCAUCGCGGUUCAACGGAACCUUUCAAACUCUCGAGAAACUCAACACGACUUCUGGACCUUCCAGCAGUGAUGGUCUACCAGAUUCGGGUUCUCGCUUGCACAGCAUCUUCUCCCCGCAGUCACCGCUCGGAAACGGGGUCCCUGAACUGCCUCGUGUCAGUGGCAAAUCGAUGAUUGAUCAAGAUAUUGACGAAGAUACGGGCGAACUUCUCAAGGAUCCAGUUGGCUAUGCCGAAAACGGCCAUUCCGGUGCAGUUUCGGCCGGACGCCGUGCAACUAAUCCCCAGAUUUUGAGCAAUCAGUUUGCCAACAUGUCCCUUACAGCCAACAUGUCGUCGCCACCGCUUCAGGGCUAUACGCCACAGAAUACGACACAUAUGGCAGUUCCCACUCCCGCAUCCACCUACCCGCAGGCGAUCAAUAAUAUCGGGGCUUCCCAUGGCUUCCCGUAUGGUAAUCCGCAUAUGCACCGCCACAGCCUGCCUGCCGCGAAUCCGAACGAUAUGAAUCCGCCCUGCAACACCCUAUAUGUGGGUAAUCUUCCGCCGGAUACGUCGGAGGAAGAACUCAAGGCUUUAUUCUCCAAGCAGCGCGGUUACAAACGCUUGUGCUUCCGAAACAAACAAAACGGUCCCAUGUGCUUUGUGGAGUUUGACGAUGUCGGCACUGCCGGCAAAGCACUUAAUGAGCUAUAUGGAUUCAAGCUGUCCAACAGUAUCAAGACCGGGAUUCGUCUAAGCUUCUCAAAGAACCCCCUGGGAGUACGGUCCGGGCAACCGGGCUCCAUGAGCGCCUCGAACACCAUGACCUCCCAAGGCGGUGUGCCUGGAGGCAGCAGCCUAGGUGGAAUUCACAGCAGCCAUGUGUUCUCUACGGUUAGUGGUCCACCACCGGGAUUGUCAGCGCCGCCUGGACUCGCUCCACCCAUGGCGCUGAGAAACAACGGGCCUAUUCAUCCCGCCGGCAAUUUGCAUGCUCCCAUCCCUACCAACGGCGCUUUCAACCCCAACCCCAACCCGGGCCUUGGAAUUCGGACCAACUCUAUCCCUCCGAUGGUCUCACCGCCUCCGCCACUGACCGGCGGGGCGCCUAAUCUGGGAGGGUUCAAUUUCUCCUAUCCGGACUAUAUGAUGGGCCGUUAAGAGGCAGAAAGAAAGAUGUUACGUUCUUGUGGAACACUAUGUCCGCGAUGCUUGAUGACCAUUCGGCUACCUGGCGUAUUCGGACUUUGCUCUUGUUUUUAUAAGUUAGAUCAGCAUUUGGAGGGUCACCUUCUUCCUCGGAGUAAGGAUUCGGGGGCCCUGGGUUCUGUGCGGAUUUUCGUGUUUUUGCU